AUUUCACCCGUCGUCGCGAUCGCGAUUCUGCCGAAUACUAUAAACUCGGCUUUACUCAGCCUUACUGGUUCGCGCUUCGAAGCCAACACCCGAGUGUGACGCGGGUGAAUUUUCUCUCCGUCGAGUCGUCUCGUCCUUGGCGCUCGUUAACCGGGCGACGACGCGCGCGAGAAGUCGCCCGUAUCCGAGUUCGGAGUCAUCCUCAUCUCUCGCGAGUCGACGAAAGGAGGCCAUAGGAAGCGAGGGACGCGACGCGGCGCGGUGGUGAGCGGUCAGGACAGCAAGGACGUCGGAUGUGCCCCACUGAAGUGCCGCGAAGGCGAGCAACGACAGCGGCAGCAGGUGGGAGUAGCAGCCGCUCCUCGUACCUGGCUUUUAUGAGUGCGUAGGGAGGCGUCGCGCAACAUUCCGCGCACAAGCAACGUUGUGUGCCGGGGGAUUGUAAAGCUUUAAUCAGCCAACUCAUUCGCUCGGUGAGUCAUCGUCGGUUGCCAAACGCGGAUCGAAUCGCCAUCGUUCUGGAGCCGAGGAUGGACCCGGAACGGAUCCAGUACCCACCCAACGACGAGCCGCUCAAGAGGGACCACGAUUCCGUCGACGACUUCGAGCAUCUCGGCCACGACGGUUCCCCGGAUGACGGUUCCCGUUCGGAGCAGUAUCAGCAGCAGCCGUUGCGACUGAUUGACGCGCCACGUGUCGAUGAUCUGCUGCACAUCGGCGACUCCUUCCAGGCAUCGGACUCCGUGCUACCGAGCGCGCUCGUCGACGUCGAAACAAAGCCCGUGCCCGCGACGCCGCCGCCUUCCGCGGACUUUGACAAGUGCGAGGCCAUGGCGCAGUCGUCGGAUCCGUUCCAGCGGCCGCUGGACCCGGUCGAUCCCAAACUGGCUAGCAUGGCGUUCGUCGAGACCGAACGGACCUACGCACCCGCGCAUCAAUUUCGCGACGACGACGGCGACGAGGUCGAGAACGAGAAACUAGACCUCCAGGUACCGUUGUUACCAAUCUCGACGGCAACAGCUGACAGCGACGUUCCGUCAGCGACGAAAGGCGAUAGCAAGGUCCAACCCCUCGAGGAACGCGAAGAUAUCGCGAAUCUGGGGACCGAUCAGGAUAAAGUCAUUGCGAGCGGUACCGAUCAAGCCGACGAGGAUCUAGUGCAUCGAGACGUAAAAUCGUCGGUGCUGCCAAUGGCGGAGAAAUCACCGGUGGUGGACUUUCUCGGGGAUGACGACGCGCCACCGAAGGAGGAUAAAACCAGGAAUAUUAUGGACGACGAUUCGUGGAACGUAGUGGAGAAGAUGGAUGUAAAGCGGGAACAAGGGGGAAAGGAGCCCGAACCGCCGACGAAGCCGCUACCGCCCUUGCCUAAGGAGGCGGAUCUCUUGGAGGAUAACGCGCGCCAGGACAAGUACGAGAUGUCGAACGACUUCCUGAUCGCGGAGGCUGCCAAGCCGUCACCGCCGCAGCCACCGCAGCGAAGCAACAAUUCGGAGCACGAGAGUGUUAAACGGCGCGAAGUGCCGAAACCUAAGGAAACCGAUUACGUCUAUCCUCGUCCGGUUGGCAAAGAGAAGCAGGAGAUCGAAAUAGCACCGAAGGAGAUAUUCAGAGACAUGGGAUUAGAUGCAUGGUUUAACCCUGAAAGACUGAAUCCGAAAGUGGCAGCUCUGAUAUAUUGGCGCGAUCCUAAAAAAUCAGGGAUUGUAUUCGGCACGAUACUAGGUGUGCUCCUAUCGUUGGCCUAUUUCAGUCUGAUCAGUGUGCUCGCUUAUCUGUCGCUUCUCGUCCUUACUGGAACCAUUCUUUUCCGUAUUUACAAAACCGUUCUUCAGGCAGUCCAGAAGACUUCGGAUGGCCAUCCAUUUAAGGAUAUCCUUGAUCUAGACUUGACAUUACCAGCUGAAAAAGUGCAUGAAGUCGCAGAUGUCGCAGUCGCACAUGCUAAUGCUGCCUUUAGCGAAUUGCGCAGACUGUUCCUUGUUGAAGACUUUGUCGAUUCUCUCAAGUUUGGCGUUUUGCUAUGGUGUCUCACCUACGUUGGUUCUUGGUUCAACGGCAUGACUCUCAUCAUUAUCGGCGUGGUCGCUCUGUUCACGCUGCCUAAGGUUUACGAAACGAAUCAAGAACAAAUCGAUCAAAAUCUGGCUUUGGUUCAGGCGAAGAUCAACGAAAUCACCGCUAAAGUAAAGGCGGCUAUCCCUCUCGGUAAGAAAGCCGAGCCAACGAAGGAAGAAUAAGGAAGAGUUGUACGUGAAGAUCGUCCAGCAGAUAGCUGGGACACAGAUAGAAAGGAUUAAAUUAGAAACGAACGAGAGAAACGUUAAAAAAGAGUGAGAGAAGUUUGAGAGCGCGUGCGAGCAGGACAAUUUAUAAUCGAGAAAAGUCUCACACAACAUGUAAUGGGCCCAGUAGUCGCGCUGGUGAGGGGAUAAUUAAUAAUUAAUAUGUGCGACAAUUAUCGUCGCGAGCUUCGCCGUCGUAUAAUUUCGGAGGAAAUAAAUAUAAUUAUACUUUUCCAAGGCACAACACGAUCGGCAAAGCCAAGUGGUCGCGCGCGCGCACUGACAUUCUGAUCACGAAAAUAAUCCUCAUCGAGGAAUUAAACACCGCGACAGAAAGAGUGAAUGUGUGUAUGUGUAUGCAUGUCUGUGUGUGAGAAUGAGACAGAGAAAGAGUGUGUGUAUGGGUGUGUGUGUGUGUGUGAGAGAGAGAGAGAGAGACAUAAGCAACACUUAGUGAUUAAUUAAUCGUUCAUUCUUGCGAUAAAAAAUAAUGGCAUAUUUUUAGCUAGUUGUAACAGUGCAAUGUACGUAGGGCUGUUUUGGAUCAGCUCUUUUCCUCUCCCUUCCCUCCCUUUUUCGUCGUAUUCUUCGUCAAAUAUGUUUUAACAAAUUAUCAUAAACUUCGUGUUUUUAUCUAUUUAAUGAUAUCCUUUGUUUCUCUUGGCAAAAAUGAGAAGAAUAUAAGACCGAGCGAAAGGGCGAAUGCGUUUAUGAAUGCGAAGAGAGACUGAGAGUAGUAAGGCUCCAUGUGAUUUAUCAUCCCGUCUUUGGAGCAUCGUAUUUGAUUAGCUUGGAUCAUUGUUCACGAACCGGAUGUCACUGAAGUAAUCAUUCGAACCGUGACCCGACGAAAUAUAUAGUGAGAAACCAAGGGUGUCGGAAAAUCGUGAUAAUUUAAAGAGAUACUUCAACGGACAGAGGAGGAGCGGAUGGUGGAUUGAAUGGGAUAUGUUCGAUGUAUAAACGAGAAAUCGUUUAUCCGUUGACGAUACAUCUUAAACUAAUUGUCCGAUUUGCAGCGAUCUCCCCAUCUUCUCGAUGUUUUAAGUUGUUGUUGCGUUUGUGAGAGAAUCGAACAGGGGUUAAAUGACGAGUUAAAUUAUGCAAAAAACGUAUAUAUUGUAUCUGUCUCUCAAUGACGUUGACGUUUGCAUAAUAUUAUUGCUACUGCAUCAUUAAUUGUAAUUACACCGUUAUGUACACACGUGCGUGCAUAUGUAUAACGCAUCGUGCGCUUCUACUCGCGUGCGUAUACGUACGUAUGUGUACAAACACGCGUGUAUAUAUAUGUGAAAGGGAAGGACAGUCAUCAUCAAAUAAAAUGAUCCUAAAUGAA